CUCGACGCCUCGUUCUGGUGAUUACUAACUAUACUUCCUGCUAUUUCUACGCAGUGUCUACAAGCGUCAACAUGUCGAUGUCUGGAAUUUCUCUGGCUCCAGAGGUGAAAGCCGCUUUUCUUGAAAUGAAACAGAAUAAAAGUUAUGGUUACAUAAUCAUCAAACUUGAUAAAAAGCAAAAGGUCAUGGAACUUUUUCGUACAGGCCCUAAAAAUGCAGGAGCAAAAAGUCGAGAUGAUGCAGAAGGUAACUUUCUAGAAAUGAUUAGCGUUUUACAAAGCGAAGAAGAGAAAGACGAGGAGAAGAAUGUUUGGUCAAAUCCUUGUUUUGUGGUUUAUGAUUUCCCUUUGAUGACACAGACAACACAAAAUAUUAACAGGCUGGUAUUGAUUAGCAAGAUUUUUGAUUCAUCACCAUUGAGGUUGAAGAUGAUCUAUGCAGCAACCAUGGAAUCUGUCAGAUCACAAUUAGAUAUACAGCAUAAGGUCAAUGUUAAUGAUGCGAGUGACAUGAGCUUUGAUUUCAUUGAACAGGAACUUAAGUCAAAAAAAGUGUAAAAUUAAUGAAAAAGCAAGUCUGCAACAAAAGCAUAUCAUUUGAUUACUAAAGGAAAACCAAUUCAUCCAAACAGAACAGGAAAGAUGUAACUGUAGAAUUACAUGUACUAGAGAUUUGAAUAGUCAUAGUCUUUUGUCUUUUCUGUGAAAACAGACUGUUUAUCGGGGAGAGGGGAGGCAUGUAUUUUUCUGCUCUCAUUCUAACAAAUCCAUUUCUUCAGGAUUUUGUUAUCAGAGUGGAGAUCAACUUCUAACAAGCUAAUGUUUCAGAGUUCUAAGGUCAAGGUCACAGUUAUAAAGAAAUGUGUCAACAUUCAUUCAUCAUUAUGCCUUGAAUCUGAUGCUAUGAUUGCCAGUCACAUCAUCCAUUAUCAUAUUCUGAUUAGUGACUGGCCAGUUUAUUGACUUUGAAAUCCAAAACGGGGCUCAUACUGCCUAUGAAAAGUCACACACUCAAGACAAUGCUGCUUAUUCAGAAACUGUCAGACCUUGUCCCUUUUGAUCUAAUGGAGUUACUUUACUCAUUCACACUAUGUUGAUAAGAUGGAAUAGAACUGACCAUGGCUUUUUAUAGAAACUGGAGUCUGGUCUUCACUUCACAACAUUGACCUAUAGGGGGCUUUACAUUACUGUUGUAUACUCAGCAUAAUGGAUUAUGAUCAAAUCACAAAGAUGUUUUAGUGUGUAAGAGGUGAAAGGUCGUAUAAAGUGCUUAACAUUUUUAACAUACUAUCAAAGAUAACAGUGAAUUUUUAUUGUAAAUUUUGUUUUUGAUACCAAUUUUACAACACAUCAUUAAGACGUCAUUGCAUGUUCAAAUUGUAUGAAAUAAAGUGUAGCCAUCUG